AUGGCAACACUCUGCUUCGCACACUCCCCUGUACCAUCAUCAUUAUCUUCAUCACCCUCCAUAUCCAAUUUCAUCUCAGACCACCCAUGCCUCACCAUGCUUGAAAAGCAAUGCUUCGCCAUGAAAGACCUCAAAAAGAUUCAUGCUCACAUCAUCAAAACUGGCCUAAUCGACGACCCCAUUGCCGCUAGCCGCGUUUUGACCUUUUGCGCCUCUCCUUCUGGGGAUACCAACUAUGCCUACUUGCUUUUCACUCGAAUUCCCAACCCAAAUCUCUAUUCUUGGAAUACUAUCAUUAGAUGCUUCUCUCGUAGCUCAACCCCACAAGACGCAAUCUCACUUUUCGUUGAAAUGUUGUACUCAGAUACUCAACCUGAAAGAUUGACUUACCCUUCGGUUUUUAAGGCUUAUGCUCAAAUGGGUCUCGGCCAUGAAGGAGCUCAGCUUCAUGGGAGAGUUUUGAAAUUGGGUCUUGAACAUGAUGGGUUUAUCCGUAAUUCUCUGAUACAUAUGUAUGCGAAUAGUGGGCUCUUGAGUGAAGCAAGGAGAGUGUUUCAUGCUCUCUUGGAAUUUGAUGUUGUAGCUUGGAACUCAAUGAUCAUGGGCCUUGCUAAAUGUAGGGAAAUUGAAGAGGCCAGGAACCUGUUUGAUAAAAUGCUUACGAGAACUUCCUUUACAUGGAAUUCUAUGAUUAGUGGGUAUGUAAGGAACGGGAAACUCAUGGAGGCAUUAGAGCUUUUUCACAGGAUGCAGAAAGAAGGGAUUGAGCCUAGUGAAUUUACAAUGGUAAGCUUAUUGAAUGCUUGUGCUCACAUGGGAUCACUUCAACAAGGGAAAUGGAUUCAUGAUUAUGUGAGAAAGAAUGGGUUUGAGCUUAACGUCAUUGUGGUCACAGCAAUAAUUGACAUGUACUGCAAGUGUGGAGCUAUUCAUGAUGCUCUACAAGUGUUUGAGGAGUGCCCGAGGAGAGGAUUAUCAUGUUGGAACUCCAUUAUUAUAGGGCUAGCCAUGAAUGGUCUUGAAAGAGAAGCAAUUGAGUUCUUCUCUGAGCUUGAAUCUUCUUCAAGUCUAAAACCAGAUUAUGUAAGUUUCAUUGGUGCUCUAACAGCCUGUAAACAUCUAGGCGAAGUUGAUCAAGCUAGAGACUAUUUUACUCUAAUGAUGGAUAAAUAUAAGAUCAAACCAUCAUUAAAACACUAUACAUGCAUGGUUGAAGUUCUAGGCCAAGCUGGACUACUAGAAGAGGCAGAGGAAUUAAUAAAGGUUAUGCCAAUAAAGGCAGAUGCUAUUAUAUGGGGGUCUCUACUGUCAUCUUGUAGGAAGCAUGGGAAUCUCGAGAUAGCAGAGAGGGCUGCAAAACAAGUUCUUGCCCUGAAUCCAAGUGACUCUGGUAGUUAUGUGCUUCUUUCAAAUGUUCAUGCCGCGUCGAGCCGAUUCGAAGAAGCAGUGGAGGAAAGGCUUUUGAUGAAGGGAAGUUUGACAGAGAAAGAACCAGGAUGCAGCUUGAUUGAAGUGAAUGGAGAAACUCAUGAGUUCUUAGCUGGAGGGAGGCUGCAUCCAAAAACUCAAGAGAUAUACUCUUUUAUUGAAUGAUGUUGUUGGUGGUGCAAAAGGAUGCUUAUGUGGUGCAUUGUACAUGAGAAGGGGAUGUUAGGCUUUAGAUAAAGCAAAAUGUAUGUCAGUAUAUCUUCAUGAAAAGCUAUACUAAGUAGUUUGUUGUAAAGCUUAUUGUUCAGGAGCAGAACAUAAAAGUCAUAUAGAUAUAUGUAUAUAAGCAAUUAUAUGUCACUGUCAAUAUAUCUUCAUUAAAAGCCAUACCAUUGCCUUCUUUUGGGCUAUAAGGCUG